GUUUGUAGAUGUAGCCUAUGUUACUACCUCGUGGUUCACGAUGGUCUUGAAUGUAUUUUAUGCCUGUUGAGUGAGCAUGAUGCAGCAAUCAAACACCAAGCAGUAGCUAUUUGGAAAAGAUAAAUAACCACUAUACGCCGUACAGUUCAGCUAACAUACACAAAUUACAUCUCAGGACUAAGAAAUUAACAUUAUUUGAUCAGUAAGGAAUGACAGUAAUUCCGUUUAAAAAGUUACAUAGGCUAGUAGGCAGUAAGUUUAAGGUCACUGCCCUAUAUAUCCACACAAGUCUUUGUUAAAACGGACAUGUUUGUUGAAUACUUUAAAUUCAAUAUUUUAGAUGUUAAGUAUUAUCGUUUGAGCUUGAGAGGACUGCUCUUGGGUUUCUUCAAACUUGGGGAAACAUUGAGUAUGGAAUUUAAGGGGGAGAAGCAAAGACAUGCAUGCACGAUAAACAUAUCAGUUUCAUCAUUAUAACUAGAUUUAGGUGUUGAGACGUGAGUAUAUCUACUCAGUUAAAAACACAUCUCCAUAUUUCUACAACUUAAACUAGUCUUGUGUUACCAGCAAGAACACAUAAUUACAUAAAAGCUCAAAGAGUCCGACAUGCCCAGUUUGUUGAAAACAUGUCCCUCGUUCCUUGCCUCUUCGUCACAAGCGCGGGGGCUGCUGGGAGCGGAAGAACGGUUUAGGGAUCAUAAUGGAGGUAAACACACACCAAGAGCGUUGGAAGAACCGUAUUCUAUUCUUACUUCAGUAACAAACAUGGCACCUUCCUAAUCAGAACUGCUCGAGGGCUUUCACCUUUUUUAACACAAGUUAGUUUCUUACUUAAAUUACUGCUGUUACCGCCUACUUUCCACGGCAUUCUCGUUUUCGAUUACGGGUUACUGACAUUAUUUAGCUGGCUAACGUUAGCCGUUUGUUUAUGUAGCCUCCCAGUCGAGCAGCAUCUCUUCCCCGGCCAAGGCAGUGGGGCUGCACAGGUGAGUAAUGCGUUUUGGUUCACCUAGAGAAGAUGGAAUCCAACCACAGCCGACUGCUGUUGGCCCUGGUGAUGGUCCUGCUCUUCAGCGUUAUCGUCCUACAAUACGUCUGCCCAGGUACAGACUGCCAGCUGCUCCGCCUGAGUUCAUUGUCCUCCAAACUAGGCGACAGUGCGUCUCGCGGCGGAGGAGACCGUAACGAUGGAGACAGUGGCGACCCAUAUGUUGCAGAAGACCGAACCAUGGCCCGAUUUGUACCCCGCUUUAACUUCACAACGGGCGACCUAAACCGGUCCGUAGAUUUCAAUAUUAAGGGCGACGAUGUAAUUGUCUUUCUGCACAUUCAAAAAACCGGAGGCACAACGUUUGGCCGUCACCUGGUGCGUAACAUUCAGCUGGAGAGGCCGUGCGAGUGCCACGCCGGCCAAAAGAAGUGUACCUGUUACAGGCCAGGGAAGCGGGAGACCUGGCUCUUCUCUCGCUUCUCGACUGGCUGGAGCUGCGGGCUUCAUGCGGACUGGACCGAGCUGACCAGCUGUGUCCCGUCGCUCAUGGACACACGAGAGCCCCCAAAGAUGCAGAACGGGCCCAGGAGGAACUACUACUACAUCACCAUCCUGCGGGACCCGGUGUGGCGCUACCUGAGCGAGUGGCGGCACGUGCAGCGGGGCGCCACCUGGAAGGCCUCUCUGCACGUGUGCGACGGGCGCGCCCCCACGCUGGCCGAGCUGCCCAGCUGUUACCCCGGCGACGACUGGUCGGGCUGCACCCUGGACGACUUCAUGGACUGCCCCUACAACCUGGCCAACAACCGGCAGACGCGCAUGCUGGCCGACCUCAGCCUGGUGGGCUGCUACAACCUGUCGGCCACCAGCGAGCCGGAGCGCGGCGCCGCCCUGCUGGAGAGCGCCAAGCGCAACCUGAAGGGCAUGGCCUUCUUCGGCCUGACCGAGUACCAGCGCAAGACGCAGUACCUGUUCGAGCGCACCUUCCGCCUGGCCUUCAUCGCGCCCUUCACGCAGCUGAACGGCACGCGGGCCAGCGCCGCCGGCCAGGAGGCCGGGCCCGAGACGCAGCGCCGCAUCCGGCAGCUCAACCGCUGGGACGUGGAGCUGUACGAGUUCGCCCGCGACCUCUUCCUGCAGCGCUUCCAGUGGGCCCGGCAGGUGGAGCGGCGGCAGGCGCGCGAGAGGAGGCAGCGCGAGAGGAGGAGGAUGAGGGCCCGGGGCCAGGCGUGGAGGCGCGGGGAGCGCAGGGAGGGGCCCCUGUGGCCCACCCCGGCCCCUGUAGACUGGGGGCCAGAGGAGAGCAGGGACAGAGUCCGGGGACAGGUGCCCGCACCGGCGGCGUGGUGGGACCCCGAGGAGAACACUACCAUGGCCGACUAUUUGGACAAUGUGGAGCACUGGUGAUAAGGAGAGGGGCAUUGUGGGAAAUGUAGGACAGGCUGCCUGAAUGUUUUGAAACUACAAAUAAUGAGAUUCAUGAUGACAUUCAUUCACUCCUGCCCACUGUGAAAUUUGACCGAGCGUCACUUCCAUCAUACAGUGCUCCUUUCCGCUUGGACUUGUAGUUGGCCAGUUUUUAAUCUCUAUUUAUUACUGUUGAUAAAGACUCAUUUUCCACAGGUGGUGCAUAGGAUUUUAAGUGACUUCUUUCAAGAUUGACAAAGAACAUACUCGUAUAUUUUCAGUAAUGCUAGGGAUUUAUUUACAAACAUUUCAGCUUUCAGUGUGGACCUUCACUGGACUGAUAAAGACCAUGCUGGUCAGACUGUGGGGUGUUCAUGAAUCACUGAGAGUAUUCAAAUAGUCUGCAGGUACAUUGUUUCCCGACACCUGCUUUAUUUUUUUACUCUACACCUGUGUGUACUACUGGACAUGUGUGUUUUUUAAUCUUCUCCUCCUGAACCCCCCCCGUAUUUCAUGCCCAAUGAGGGCCCUUGACCCCUUCCACCUGUAUUUAUUCUGUUUCCUGUUAGUGUUUUAAAGAAGGUUUUUCAGUGGCUGCUCACCCCUUAUUUGAUGCUGAAUUACCUGGAUUCCUGUUAAUGGUUGCUAUUAAUGUUGGAAUUUAAAUAUAGGUGUGAAUGUUAA